UAAAAGUUUUUUUGUUGUCAAGUCUUAUGCGACAAAACCUAUUGUCUAACCAUUCAUAGCACACAUCGAGACAAUUAUCACCACAACUCACGAGUAGUCAUCACCACCAGUGGCCACACAACACACUCCUUAACCCCAAUCGGAUCCAACCAUCACCUCAAACAACACACCACCGACUCCUACCUCCACACCUACCACUAACCGGUAUAUACUAUCCCAUUAAUGGCCGGCUUCGACGACUUGGGCGUCUUUUUCAACGAGAACCUAUUGAACGGCGACAUCGAUGGCAACAACGCCAAUGGCGUGCCUACCGGUGCCAUCAACACGGCUGCCAUCAAACGCCGAUUCAAAGAGUUCUUACGCCAAUACAACUCAUCCGACUCGACCUUCCAAUACAAAUACCGGCAACAGAUCCGCGACCGCUAUAACUUGGAUCAGUUC